AUGUCCUACAAGCAAAUUCUCUACAACAAAGCGCCAACAGACGCAAUCGACCCCUCCCUCUCCAACGGCACCUUCCGCCUAAACACCCUCCCCACUCCCACCAAUGUGCCCACAGACAAACUCCUCGUGCGCGUGCAUUACCUCUCCCUCGACCCCGCCAUGCGCCAAUGGCUAACCGCCAAGCGCUCGUACAUCGCACCCGUCGAGCUGGGCGCCGUCAUGCGCGGCCAGAGCAUCGCGCAGGUCGUCUCCGUCGGAACCGACCUCACCUCCACCUACAAGAAAGGCGACUGGGUUGUCGCGUACUCCGGAUGGCAGGAAUACGCCGUGCUGGGCGCGAAGGAGGUGGAGAAGGUCACCGUGCCUACCGGCGGCCGGCCCACGGACGCCAUGUCUGUUCUCGGCAUGACCGGGCUCACUGCAUACUUCGGUAUGACGGAGGUGGGACAGCCGAAGGCUGGGGAGACCGUUGUUGUUUCUGGGGCUGCGGGCGCGACGGGGAUGGUUGCGGGUCAGAUUGCGAAGAUUAAGGGGGCGAAGAGGGUUGUUGGGCUGGCGGGGAGUAAAGAGAAGUGUGAGUUCCUGGUCCGGGAGCUGGGAUUUGAUGCUGCGGUUAAUUAUAAGGAUGGCGAUUGGAGGAAGCAGCUCAAGGAAGCGACUCCUGAGUAUAUUGAUGUGUUUUUUGAUAAUACUGGUGGUGAGAUUUUGGAUGCUUGUCUUGCGCGUGCGGCGAGGGAUUCGAGGUUUGUUAUUUGUGGUGCUAUCAGCCAGUAUAACACCUCUAAGCCUCAGGGUCCGGCGAGCUUUAUGAGUGUUAUUUCGCAACGCAUUACUAUGAAGGGAUUCAUUGUCUUCGACUAUGCCAAGAAGUAUCCCGCUGCCCUGCGGGAGCUGGGAUCCUGGUUGGCGCAGGGUAAGCUCAAGCGCAAAGAGCAUAUUGUUCCUGGUGGCAUCGAGGGAGCACCUAAAGCGUUGGUUGAUUUGUACAAGGGUGUGAACACUGGCAAGAUGAUGGUUGAGGUUGCGCCUGUUAGCGAGGCACUGGGUGCCAAGGCUAAGCUGUAA